CGUUGUUGAUUCGGACAUUAGGCUAGUCUGUUAUUGGCAAUGUUGCUGUUUUGUCCGACGUGUGGGAAUGUGCUGAUCGUGGAGGAGGGACAGAAGUGCUACAGGUUCGCCUGUAAUACCUGCCCGUAUGUGCACAACAUUAAUCGCAAGGUAACAAGCAGAAAAUAUCCUAAACUCAAGGAAGUUGAUGAUGUUCUGGGAGGAUCUGCUGCUUGGGAAAACGUUGAUUCUACUGCAGAAACAUGUCCCAAAUGUGCACAUCCACGGGCCUAUUUUAUGCAGAUCCAGACAAGAUCCGCCGAUGAGCCCAUGACAACUUUUUACAAGUGCUGUAAUUCACAGUGUGGGCACAGAUGGAGGGAUUAACUACGUACACCAGUUAAACAUGAACUGAUAUUUUUUUUCCAAAACUGGGGUGUAUUUACAAUUCUUUUACUGUUGCCCUAUCAAUUGAAUAUUACUAUGGCUUUUCAUGGUUUAUGCCAAAUAACAGUAUACAUCAUUCUUGAUUCCCCAUAAAGAAUAUUUAACUAGUUUUCCUUGGUACAGAUUCCAGUAAAAGUUUUGCUUUACAGCUGCAAUGCCGGCCCCCAAGAAUGUGUUUAUUUAUGUUUGGAAUGGCGUUCUGAGACUGGCGCAAUGCAGCUUUUAUAAGCUUUCAUUCUGUUUAGAAGUUGCUUCACAGUGUAAGCAUCCUGAUAAUAAUCAUAAAUAAAGCUUAGGUUUGG